AUGGGAUUCAAUCUUCAUGCGACAGGGACGCAAGAUCCCAAAGAGGUGCGAAAUUGGAAAAUCCACCUCAUUUCGAUUAUUGCAUCUAUGUCGGCGAUAGCCAUGGGAUACGAUACCGCUGUUAUUGGCGGCACUCUGGCCCUCGAUUCCUUUCGACGAGAUUUCGGCCUGACUGACGUGUCCGAAACUGCUCGUGACACUUUGCAAGGAAAUAUCGUUUCAACUUUUCAAGCUGGUUGCUUCUUUGGUGCCCUCCUGACAUUCCCGCUUGCGGAGAUGAUCGGCCGGAAGAAGGCGGUCAUGGUCUCUGCCUGCGUCUUUCUCGUCGGUGGCACUCUUAUGACUGCUGCGCAUGGCCAAAUCGCAUUGAUCAUUGUCGGUCGUGCAGUCGCCGGUCUUGGAAUUGGGGCCGUCUCACUCAUCGUCCCCGUCUACAUUGCCGAAACGUCCCCUCCAUCUAUUCGGGGGCGCCUGGUAGGGUUUUUUGAGGUUGCCAGUCAGGGAGGAGGCAUGGCAGGGUUCUGGAUCAACUAUGCAGUCGAUCGAACCAUCUCUGACAACUCAAAGGCACAAUGGAUUGUUCCUCUUGGCCUUCAGCUUCUCCCAGGACUUCUCCUUGUGAUUGGCAUGCUCUUUUGUCCCGAAUCCCCUCGCUGGCUAGCACGGCAGGACAACUGGGAAGCAGCGGAGAAGGUGUUGUCAAAGAUUCGAACUCUACCUUCUGACCAUCCCUAUAUCAGGACUGAAAUGACCGAGAUAAGGCAGCAAGUGGAGGAACGCAGCACCAUGAAACUCAGCAAGAGAGAAUCGCUCAAGAAGCUCCUUGCCCGAGGAACGCGGAAUCGAAUCGCAAUAGGCCUUCUCCUGAUGGCUUGCCAAAACCUGACGGGUGUCAAUGUCAUCACAUACUACUCACCCCGUAUUUUCGAAACGCUUGGAAUCCAGGGUACCUCCACGAAGUUGUUUGCCACGGGUUUCUAUGGUGUAGCAAAGACCCUCGGUAUGCUUCUCUUCUCAUUUUUCUUUGUUGAAAAAGUUGGACGACGGAAGGGUCUCAUCCUGGGUGCAUUCAUUGGCUCAUUGCCGAUGUGGUACAUUGGGGGAUACGUGUUCGAGGCCGAUCCCGCCACUGCGGCGUCACAGGGAGAAGUCCAUCAGACUGGAUGGGGCUACCUCGCAAUGGUGUGCGUAUAUCUCUACGGGUUCAUCUAUUGUGCAACUUGGCAGGGUAUUACUUGGGUCUAUUGCUCUGAGAUAUUUCCCUUGGACAUUAGGAUGCUCUGUGUGGCCAUCACUACCGCUGAUCAAUGGCUUUGGUCAUUUGUGAUCUCUCGGACCACUCCCUACAUGAUCACAUCCCUCGGCUACGGCACGUACAUGUUUUUUGGCUCGUUAAUGAUCCUCAUGGGGAUUUGGGCAUUUUUCUUCAUUCCUGAAACAAAGGGUCUCACCCUCGAGGAUAUGGACCGUCUCUUCAUGAAAUCCAUGCAUCAGGCAGUGUGGAGUCAACUCCGGCGAAAGGGACCAGAUGAAACCCCGCCUAGACAUUCGAUCGACUCCAUUUCCGAAAAGAAAGAUAUCGGAUUGACACAUAUUGAAUUAUACGAAAAGGAGCCGGAUCAGAAGAUCGUGAGAGUAUCGAGUUGCUGA